AUGGCGGGUGUUCAAGAGCUUGAAGCCGAUUUGGUGGAAACUGUGUCUCUUCUGAAACAAGCAACGCGAAAAAACGCGAGAGUUCUGCUUGAAAAAGAAGAGCGACGCUUGAAACAACUGAUUGCUGAAUCGACUCCCAAGGCAACUUCAUCCGCAAAGGAAAUUUCAUCUACCGCUACUAGCAGAGCACUACCCACAUCGAAAAUCACGAAUGCUUGGGACCAAAGCCCGAAGUUUGUGAAGAUUUACAUCACUCUUGAUGGGAUUCAAACUGCGCCUGCAGAUUUGAUCAAAAGCAAUUUUACUGAAAGAGGAUUUUCCAUUCAUAUCAACAACUUUCAAGGCAAGAAUCAUGUCGUCGAGAUGAUCGAUCUCCAAUAUCCAAUAGUGACCAAGGAUUCCUACGUGAAACAAAAAACGGAUAUGUUGCUGGUGAUGUUGCGCAAAGAAAGCGAGGAAAAGCAUUGGGAUGAAAUCACUCGUUUAGAUGCUGAGCUCAAAAAGAAAAAUGCUCCCAAGUUCGACACGCCUGGCUCGUCAAGUGACCCAAAUGAAUCACUUAUGUCGAUGAUGAAAGACCUUUAUGACAAGGGGGAUGAUGAAAUGAAAAGAACCCUUCGCAAAGCACGAGGGUCAACAAAAGAAACACACCGAUGGUCGAGACGAUUCAUAGGAGCACCGACUAAUCUUCAAAACAACCCACCACUGUUUCGUAACGUUCGACAGCGUCGUCAAGGAAUGUUUGAGCUAACUGAAGUUGAUGUAUUGGUCGAAGUCACUCAUGCAAGUUCGAACCUCAAGAUGCAACAAGGUCUUAUCACCCAGCAAUAUAGAAAGACCAACAAC